AUGGAUGGAGUGUCCAUCAUCAUCGGACCCGCGCCCAAUCCAGAUUGUGUGGCAAGAGCAUCGAAUUCGUAUAUUGGAUGCCGUGGUGGAAGUGUGACGACUGGCAUCGAUCUGGGAGACGGCCAUUUCGGAGCGGCUGGAGCUUAUACUAAAGCGUCUGGGCCUGCUGCAAUAUUCUCCCGCAUUGAUAGACGUGUCUCCAGUAGACUGGGUGGUAUUGCAUCGAACCGCGCAGCAGCUCUGAAGGGGUUCUUGUUUUAUAGGCCUGAAGAGAACCCCGUUGAUAUGGAAUUAUCCUUGAUCUGUCAUUAUCUUCGCUUUGUGCCCACCCUCUUACCACGACUGCUCUGGGCCGUGUUACGGAAACAUCAUACCAUUCGCUGGAUUCCAGGAGGCGUUCCUGUUGCCAUUCCAGACCGUUCCUUUGCUCAGGUGGUUGAUCGCACAUCGAGAGCCGCUUUCGCGCUAUCCCCACAUACGGAUCAGGUCAAUGUCCUCUUCGUGAACACCGACCACGAUGCCACCGGUAUGGUCUACUAUGUGGAGGAUGUAACGCUCUAUGUGUAUGAACAGUGGCUGGAUCUGCAGGGUGCUUACUAUGACUGCAAGUGUCCAGCACUUCGUCCCCAGUUUCAUUCGCCAUGA